AUCUACAAACUUUAGCUCCUCUUAAACCAUAACUCAGCGAUUAUUUGAUACCCCAAUUAUUGAGAGUAAACAAUGCUACAAUGAGUGAAGACGAUGAUGGCUCUAAAAUUGAAGAUGAGAUCGCGAAGCUGGAGUCGCAGCUUGCGGAGGCAAAGCGGCGGUUGAAUACGAGAAGAGAACAAGCUGGAAAGACCACAUCACCAACCCUCGCUCUCACGCCUAGUCUAAUACCACUGUUACAAGAUCCAUCAUACCACUACCUCCUCUUACUCUCAGACUCCGCGCUUCCACUGGGUUCAUUCGCAUUCAGCUCCGGGCUAGAAUCCUAUCUCGCCCACGCGCGCCGCACAACCUCAUCUUCCCACCAUCUAUACAAGCCCUCCUUCACCUCCUUCCUGCCCUUAUCCCUCUCCUCAUACGCCAGCACAACGCUUCCAUUCGCCCUCGCCGCGCACCGCGACCCAGCGCUCAUCGCAGAGCUCGACGACAUCCUCGACGCAUCCAUCAUCUGCGCCGUAGGCCGCCGCGCCUCGAUCGCACAGGGUCGCGCGUUGCUAUCAAUCUGGGAGAAGAGCCUAGCGCCCUCGUCUGCCGUGUCCGCGGACGCGCGGAGGGCGCUCGAGGGAUAUUCCGCCAUCUUGCGGUCUUCGUCUUCAACUGCUGCUACUGCUUCAAGUUCAUCUUCUUCUACGACUGGGCAAAAAGUCAGCGACGGAAGUGAAGAAGAAGAAGAAGAAGAAGAACUUCUCCCGCCGCCAGUGUCCGCACACCUGGCCCCCCUCUUCGGGGCCGUGGCAAGGCUCCUCGGCCUCGCGCCGCGCCAGACGGCGUACGUGUUCCUGUUCAGCCAUGCCAAGGCUCUGGUCUCGGCCGCUGUGCGCGCCGGUAUGUUCGGGCCGUACCAGGCGCAGAAGAUCCUCGCGGGGGGCGAGCUGCAGGUCCUGCUUGCCGAUUUGAUCGAGCGCGAGUGGAACGUUGACGUUGAACAUGCUGCGCAGAGCGUCCCUGUUAUGGACCUCUGGAUAGGAAGACAUGAGAUGCUUUACUCGAGGAUAUUCAAUAGCUGAUUAGAAUAGAGGGAUGUUGUUGCUCUUUAUGGUAAUCCAACAACGAUUAGGACAGCCUUUGAUAGAUUCACCUAGCAUAAAAUACGCGAAUACCGCUAUACACUCCAUAUGACAUUCAUAUUUAUACCACA